AUGGCACAGCUUUUCAGGGGGUCUCAGAGCUCAAAUAUGAAGUCAGAAAAUAUUUUGAGCAAAGAUUUAAACAAGAACCUGUACCGCAGUUUGAUUUCAACUUGGAUAAUCAUCCCAAAAAUUUCAGCAGCACAAGCAGAAUCCUUGGAAACAAUCCCAACAGUUGAAGACGUAAAGCAGGCAGUGUGGGCAUGUGGAGUUGACAAAGCUCCGGGGUUCGAUGGAUACAAUUUCAAAUUUAUUAGGGAGAUGUGGGAUACUAUCAAGGAUGAUAUAUACGAAUUUGUUCUGGAUUUCUUUGUUACAGGCUCCUCUGUGAGACAUGUAAAUGUCACCUGGGUUACCCUGAUCCCCAAAAGUGAAAAUCCAACGUCCAUUGAAGAAUACAGACCGAUCAGUAUGAUACUUGAUGGUGUCCUUAUUGCAAAUGAAUCCGUAAGAUGGCUGAAAAAGAAGAAAACACCAGGAUUUGGUAGAAAAUGGGUAAGAUGGAUAAUGAACUGCAUCACCACGGCAUCGAUGUCUAUCCUCUUAAAUGGGUCUCCUUUGAAACCGUUCAAAAUGGAAAGAGAACUGAGACAAGGUGACCCCCUAUCACCAUACCUUUUUAUCCUGGUAAGUGAAGCUCUUGUGUGCAUACUGAAAAAAGCAGAAGACAUGAACCUCGUUGAGGCUGUGCAUAUUGAGAAAGACAAGGUUGGCUUGAAACAUCUUCAAUUUGCUGACGACAUGCUUAUCUUCGCGCCUCGAAAUACCUUGUGCAUUACAAAUUAUUUCAGAAUCUUGGAUGUCUUUGCUAUCAUGUCUGGCCUGAGUCUGAACUACAGCAAGUCAACUUUCAUAUCAUGGAAUCAGGGUAAUCAAGAAUGGGCAAAGCACAUUGCUAGCCAAGUAGGAUGUCGUCACGCAACAUGCCCCUUCACAUAUCUCGGCUUUCCUAUUGGAGACCAUAUGAAUAGAUUCUCGGCUUGGAAGCCCGUAAUGGAGAAAAUUCAAAGUAGGCUAACCACAUGGAAAUCAAAGAUCUUAUCUAGAGCAGGGCGGUUAACUCUCAUCAAAAGUGUCCUCAACACCCUCCCGGUCUAUUAUAUGAGAGGGGUUGCUCUAGGAUCAAAUGGGAGGACAUUCAAAUUCCGAAAGAGAUGGGCGGUCUCGGGGUCGACACAUCCAGAGUUAGAUCCAUCAUCGAGGAUGGUGGUGCGAAGCCGGGGUGCUGAAAAGGAUCUUCCCAAGGUUGUACUUGAUAUCCUUACAAAAGAACUCCUUCAUCAACCAGAUGGGGAAUUGAAAAGGCCGACUUCUGAUUCAGAGGAUGGUGUGAUAUGGAGAUAUAAUGGCAACUUGUGCUACCCUGUAAAGAGCAUAGCCGCAAGUAUGUACGAGCAGUCUACUCCCACCUUAUCCAAAGCUAUAUCCAAUAUUGUUUGGCAGAGAUUCAUCCCUCCAAGAGCACAGUUAUAUGUUUGGUUGGCAAAUCUGGAGAAACUCAACACUGGAGAUUUUCUUGUUGAAAAGGGAAUUAUUGAUGCUCAAUGGGCUCUAUGCCCCUUCUGUAGCCGACAAACAGAAACAAACUCUCAUGUCCUGUUCUCAUGUGACUUUUCUUGGAGCGCUUGGAUGAAUAUGCUAGAAUAG